CAAGCUGGAACUCAGCGGCAACAGCAGUGCUCGCUGGGCAUCGGUUCGAUAAAGGUGGCAGUUUUCCGGUACAGUGCGCGGGCUUCUGUUGAAGCGUUUUUUUAUUUGUUCCCCUAUCAUUCAGCUCCUCUGUUCUGACUGCGCGUUGUGUGAAGAAGGCCCCCACAGUUCGCCUACAACGUGAAAACCUAUGUAGGUACAGUGCGGAAAAAUUCGCGGGUGGAUGAGUGAUUUUGGCAGUGUUAUUUUCAUUACAAGGUUGCUGUUUUUCGACAUCCUUCGGAGAAAGCCUUUUGCACUUGUACGAUUUCGUUGAAAAUUUGUUCGAUAAGGCGUAAAGCGUUUAUGUGCGGUGUUGUGGGAUAUUCCAAAAUUUAAGUUUCAAGGCCUACCUGACACGUGCCCUGUUCCAUCGGGACAGCACUUAUACAGUCGUAUGUGUAGACAGGUGCAGAUCAAGGUGCAAAACAAACAAUCGCGGUUGUGAAAUUGAACAACUCACCGUUUGAAGCAAUAAAUUAAUAAAACAGUGAUAAAACUGUCGACAGGAGAUUCUGGCUGAUAGUGAAACCAACACGUUUUUCGUAGGUGGUAGGCAGCAAACCUUUCCUGAGUGCAGCGAAACUAAACGGAAGCAUCACGCGCGUGUGUGUGUAUGUAAUAAUGAUCGUUGAAAAGUGUCUUCAGUGUUUUGUUUUGCGAAACGAGUGAAAUUUGGUCAUAUUAGCUGUUUUUUUUUGUUGCGAAAUUAUACCGAAACUGUGAAGAGAAACCGUUUGCCGGCCGGGAUACAACGAUGGAAGUGUGUUGCUUGAAAAUGGCAUCCAGAUGCAGGCCCACAAGACCAAUCAAGGAUAUCACGCAGUUGUCGACGGCUGGUUCGUCCCAUGAUUGCGGAUCCCUGUCCCGGGUGGUAAUGGUUAGGAAAACCGAUCAACGUGUGAUUAAUCACAAAGGCGCUAGUCGAAAGGACCCACAAUGCGAGUUCAUCACAAUGGAAACCAUUCAGACGUACAAGGGCCACAAACCGGACCGUACCGUGGUCUUCAAGGAGAAGUUCGAUCUCAGUGGAAACGACAUGAGCAAAUCACUGUCCACAAGCAAACUAAUGGGUUCGCCUCGGCUCUCGAUCAGUCCCCUGCGGACGGUUCUCACUACUACGGCCGAGCUGGAGCAGAGCGGUAAGAGUGAUCGAAACAAUAACACCACCACGACCACUGCGGUGACGGGCCAACAAACCCUCAUUAAAGAACUACAGACGCGUCACAAGUCAUUGGAUAGGGGUAACAGUACUAACAAUAACACCAGCAACGGAUACAUUUCAACCACUCCGAAGGCAGCAAGAUUCUCGAAAAGUCAAUCGAUCAGUAGCUUACGACACAAGUCACCAUCCCUGUCAGCUUCGCAAAGCUCGUUGCGUCGAUCGUUGUUCUCGGAUUUUGAGUCAGAGUGUCUCAAAGCACACAACGAGUACCGAACGAAGCAUGGCGUGCUACCUCUGAAACUGAACAAGCGACUGUGCCGGUAUGCGGAGGAAUGGGCCAAAGUCAUAGCGGCGCGGGGUGUUUUGGUCCACCGAAGCAAUUCCCAGUACGGGGAGAAUAUUUUCUGCUCGUGGAGUUCACCCAAUGCUAAUGUUGCCGUCCCCGGGAGGGAACCGGUGGAGAAUUGGUACAGCGAAGAAUCGACCCACGUGUAUGGAAAGGAACCGGCCACUCUCAAGACUGGACACUUCACGCAGGUCGUCUGGAAGGACAGUCGGGAGCUGGGUGUUGGAUUGGCGAGCAAUAGAUCUGGUCAAGUUUUCGUCGUCGCCAAUUACGAUCCACCGGGAAACUACAUUGGAAGCUUUGCCAAGAAUGUUCCCCCGCCGGGAGGAUUUGAAAUACCAAAGAUAAUUAUCGAUAAGACAAGUGCUGGUGGUUCAAAGAGUGCUACUCCGAAGCUCGAGAAACACGUUCGGAUAGUGGAUGAAAACGAUCCGGACCAGUUUGACGAGUUUUCCCAGGCGAUGCUGCGACAUCACAACGAGUAUCGCCGUAAGCAUGGUGCUCCUAACUUAGUUUUGCAUAAGGAACUGGUCCGAGAUGCACAGCAGUGGGCGGAGAUUCUGGCCCGAGAUGAUCGAUUUACCUAUCGACAGAACUCCAGAUACGGCGAGAAUCUGUACUGUCUGUGGUCUUCCGAUCGACAUGCCAAACCAAAUCCGAAGGAUGUGUGUCACUCGUGGUACGAGGAAGUUAAACAGUAUGGCUUUAACGUCGAACCGCGUGGUGUCAUUAAGGGUGGACAAUUCACCCAGAUGGUCUGGAAGGGAACCAAAGAACUGGGCGUCGGAGUUGGACAAACUAGAAGCGGCAAGGUUAUAGUUGUUUGUACCUAUUACCCCCGGGGUAACGUGCUGGGACAGUUUAUAACAAAUGUUCAAAAGAAAGCUAAUUAGGGUAAAUUUUAAUGUUUGAUUUGAAAAAAAAAAUAGCUGACUCCAUGUAACCGUCAGGUCAAAAGCGAAGCCUUACACAUAUAAAAUUGAAACGAUCCUUCCUCCAAAUGAACGAUCCUCACUUAUUAUGAUAUUCAUGUAUUUAGAUUUGAUACUUAACAUACCACAAACACACAUCAAAAACCUAAUACUUAAUCCGCAUUUUGGGUAGAUAGCAAUCAGCAAAUGAGCAACCUAAGUAACCUGAGAAGAGAUGCCUUCGUUGAAUGUUUCUUCGUUGUCCUUGCAUUCCUGUUACCUAUAGCAACAGUUAUCGAUAAACACAGCACUUACCUACCUACAUACAAUCCAAACAAGCCUUGUUGAAGGAAGGCACCCUUAAUGCUAUCACUGAUUACCUUUUUGCAAGAGCAGUGGAAAAAGUGCGGCCGAGAGUAGAAGAGAGCGAGAAUGUGUAUAUUUUUCUACCGUCGAGCUUUUUAUAUUGUUCGCUGUAGCUUUUGGAAGCUUUGCCAUAAAAUAGCACAUGUUGGGUUACGCCAUGUUGAAGGGUGCAAUGUUGUAUACAAUUAUUCCGCCCGAACUUUUGGAACCUCUUGGCACAUACUUAGGGUUUCUUUUUCCAUUUAUAUAUAUUUUUUACAAUUCGUCAAACUUAUGAAAAACGAACAAUUUGACAGUAUUAAUUAGCACAAAUCUGGAGACAAAGAAUCACACAUAUAACCAAAAUGUUCCAACAUUUGAAAAUCGACUAUGUAUUAACGGUUUUAAAGAAAUAUGUAGUUAAGUAUUCAUUGCCAUAAUAUUUGUGUCAUUAAAUUUCAAAAAACUGUAACUUUAUGAAAGUUUCAGAUUAAAGGCGUUCGUUCACGAUUCAAAUCUA